AUGGUGCGGGGGCUGGAGGAUAAGCCGUUGGUGGCCACGAAGUGCAGACGGAGGGAAAGCUGUCCGUACCUAGCAGUAAACAUCACACCCGCGAUCCCAGUGAUAGCAGCGAUUUUGUUCUUUUUUGUGAUGGGGACGUUGCUACGUACAAGCUUCAGUGAUCCAGGAGUUCUGCCUCGUGCCACGCAAGAUGAAGCAACAGACCUGGAAAGACAGAUAGAUGUCACCAAUGGCUCAGGUUCAGCCGGUGGUUACCGAUCUCCCCCCAGAACAAAAGAGGUGACAAUCAAUGGGCAAAUGGUUAAGCUGAAAUACUGCUUCACCUGUAAGAUCUUCCGGCCGCCCCGUGCCUCUCACUGUAGCCUUUGUGAUAAUUGUGUCGAACGAUUUGAUCACCACUGCCCCUGGGUAGGCAACUGCGUGGGAAAAAGGAACUACAGAUAUUUUUACAUGUUUAUUUUAUCACUGUCAUUUCUGACAGUCUUCAUCUUCGCUUUCGUCAUCACACAUGUCAUUCUCCGUUCACAAAUGACAGGAUUCUUAAAUGCACUAAAAGACAGUCCUGCAAGUGUGCUAGAAGCUGUAGUUUGCUUUUUCUCUGUCUGGUCAAUCCUUGGUCUGUCAGGGUUUCACACAUACCUGAUCAGCUCAAAUCAGACCACAAACGAAGAUAUUAAAGGAUCCUGGUCAAGCAAAAGAGGCAAAGACAAUUACAAUCCAUACAGCUAUGGGAAUAUCUUCACUAAUUGCUGUGCUGCUCUGUGUGGGCCAUUGCCACCGAGUUUAGUUGACCGAAGAGGAGUUCUACAGCCAGACUUGCCACAAUCAGUUGCACCAUCAAAUGGAAUCACCACAUAUGGGGCCACCCAUUCCCAGAGCAACAUGUGUGAUCAAGACCAAUGCAUUCAGAGCACGAAAUUCGUUUUGCAGGCAGCGGCCACACCACUGUUACAGAGCGAGCCAAGUCUGACCAGCGAGGAGCCCACUCUGCCGGGGAAAAUGACAAUAUCUCCUGCCUGUACCACAUUGGGUCUCGGGCAACCAACGCCUCCAUCAUCCACACUAAACCUCACUGCAGAUCCUGUAGUAAUGGAUGCCAUGCCGUUAAAAGAUGGUCGCGAAGGUCAUCACUUUCUUACACCAGACGAGGCUCCUUCACCCCCGGGAAUGCUCACCCCAGGUACCCCUAUCUCACACAGCCACACGAUGCACAUCUUGAAUGCGGUCGCCCAGGAUUCGAUGCACGAAGAUUCAGUCCGUGGUCUUGUCAAACUCAGCUCAGUUUGAAUCCUUCCUGUUGUGCUCCAUUCCCAUCUCCCACCAGUUCCAGUUGUUUAAUGGGAUGGGAUUGCCAAACCCCUUAUCAGGACGCGUCAUUACAAAACUGCCACAUGGAAUAAAAACAUAACCUCUUGCCUGGAACCAAGACGUAUGUGCCAUUAGAAUAAUCGUGUAACGGAGCCAUUUUUAUUUUGGAGUUCAUUUUAGACUAUGACCCUGCAAUGCAAAUGUCGUGGGAGCAAACGUGUUUAAUGUGUGGAGCCAUUGACUUGACGUUUUUGUUAGAAACUGCACUCAGUCUUAUGUCUAUUUUUCAAUGAUGGGGCCAAUUGUGACACACUAUAGGGAACAGACAAGACUUGGGGACACUUAUGUUGGAAUUAAAUGUCCAAUCCAGUAUUAUGCUGCCCCUUAACAUAAGGCCAAACUAGAACUCUAGACUGAAUUAUUACAUUGGGAGUUUUUCUGAGACUGUAAUCCAGAACUCUGUUGAAUGACUGCAGAUAUGAUUUUGCAUACCACUUAAUAAAGAGGGAUUGUGUCUUGCUGUACAAAUGCUACCUACUUUUCAUCCCUCUGCAAACAGUCUGGUAGCACUGUAUAAAAUGAAGGCAAAAAAAAUACAGAGAACUGAAAGAAAGCAACAUGUUAUCCUUCACAGUAUUUUUUUUAAUUGGCCAAUAGGAUCUGGAAUAUUGAGGGCUACUGUAUUGUCUCUUAUCAUAUCAUUUAUUCUUUUUAUGCAGUGUUUAAUAGAGUAUUGUGUUGUGAUAUGUCACCGUUCCAAACUGGUGAUAUUUACUUCCUGUGGACAUUAAUAAAUUGAUUAAGCCUUUUAUUCUUUAAA